AUGGCACAUAAUCAAGGCGACAAUGCCACCCCAACAGCGGGUGAAGCCUCCCCCUCACGCUCCAUUCCUUCGCGACCACCGCCGGCCAAGGUGCAGCAGCCCAAGCCGCAGGCGAUCACAAGUAGAAGUGGGCCGUCUGCGAUCUUGGUUUCGACCAGACAGAAGGGCAAUCCUAUUCUCAGCCAUGUGAAGCUCCUACCCUGGGAAUACGCGGACAUCCCGGCGGACUACGUGAUCGGAACUACGACUUGCGCGCUGUUCCUAUCGCUGAAAUAUCAUCGCUUACAUCCCGAGUAUAUCUACUCGCGGAUCCGCCUGCUGGGAGGAAAAUACUUACUCCGCGUCAUGUUGGUUAUGGUAGACAUUCCAAAUCAUGAAGAUAGCUUGAAGGAACUCUCCAAGACGUCUAUUAUCAAUAAUCUCACGCUGGUCCUCUGCUGGUCUGCCCCCGAAGCUGCGCAUUAUCUAGAGCUAUUCAAGUCGUCGGAGAACUCCCAGCCGACGGCCAUUCGAUCCCAGCAGGCUCAGUCGUACAAAGAGUCCCUUGUUGAGUUCGUCACGACCCCUAGGAGUAUCAACAAGUCGGACGCGGCGAGCCUCAUCUCGACGUUCGGGAGCCUGCAGAAUGCGGUCAACGCGCAGCCGGAACAGAUCAGCUCGGUCCCUGGUUGGGGGGAGAAGAAGGUGCGGCAGUGGUCAAACGCAGUACGAGAAGAUUUCCGGACGGAAGCGGCGAAGAAGAAAGUGGCCCCUGGACGGGAUAUGGGAGGCCACAGUGUGCCUCCAGGGGAAAGUAGCUUUCCUGCUUCAGAGCCGGUCGCAGAUCGUGGAGUCGGGUCGACUUCUGCGGAUAAAACAGAUGAAGAGGGCCAGAGGAAGGACAAUGAGAGCUCCCAAGCCGGUGCGAGUGGUGAAGCGGAAGGCAUGAGCGAGGACAUCAUGGCCGCACUAGCAAGGCUUCGAGGGAAUGACGGCUGAGCUGGCUCGCCAGUAGAAUGGAAUUGAGGCCUGUAUCGAUGCACUACCACCGAAGG